AUGGGGAGGGAUCAAGCUUUGGUUCUCGUAGCAUUAGCCUUUUUCCUUCUUGUUAUAACCGUUGGCGUCGCUCAUGGUCCUCCUUCGUCGCGCAAUCUAGGUCACAGUCUCGGUCAUCCGCUGGGCUCAAUGGAAAAAUACCCUGUUCCUCCGUAUAGACAAAACCCGGUAACCUACAUCCCUGGACCUCCUCCUACAAAAACCGGUCAAAGUGCCGUCGUGGAUCACAGAGUCGCUCCUUCGCUACGAUCUCCGAAGAAGGCAUCCACCCGGCCUCCAGCAGGUCACAGUCUCGCUCCUCAGCUGGGCUCAAUGGAAAGGGGACCGGUUCCAGCGUCUAGACCAGACCCUGUUACUCACAUCCCCGGGACUCCUCCUAAAAAAGCCGGUCAAAGUGCCGUCGUGGGUCACAGAGUCGCUCCUUCGCUACGAUCUCCGAAGAAGGCAUCCACCCGGCCUCCAGCAGGUCACAGUCUCGCUCCUCAGCUGGGCUCAAUGGAAAGGGGACCGGUUCCAGCGUCUAGACCAGACCCUGUUACUCACAUCCCCGGGACUCCUCCUAAAAAAGCCGGUCAAAGUGCCGUCGUGGGUCACAGAGUCGCUCCUUCGCUACGAUCUCCGAAGAAGGCAUCCGCCGGGCCUCCAGCAGCUCCCAAUGGUGACCCAAUUGCUUCUUCGACCACAUAUCCGUAA